ACACUCGUCCGAAUGUGUAGUAUUGCAUAUUCUAUGGUGCUGGAAUAGGAACUCUGAUGCGGACCGAGUAACGGAGCACGAAUAGCUGAGUAGACGAUCGCGAGGCCCAUCAUAGCGGAUGUCAAUUGCUUUUAUUUCGUUUGCAUUUAUUUGUCGGCAUCUUCGGUUCCAACAUUUCUAACGAUGUGGCCAUCACGCGCAGUGCCGUUAUGACAGAUUCACGUGACGCUGUAUAUCGUACGCGCUUCGGCGAGUCGUUUGACAGUCACCUCCUCGCGCAAGGGCUUUCAAGUAAGAUGGCAAUGGCGCGCCGGGAUGCUAACGAGUAGCUCAGCUGAUGAUCGGAUAAACAAAAUGGUAGCUCGCCAUGGUCGUGCACCGGCAGGUGAUACGUGAUUCUUGCAUACGAGUGAGUUAUUGAGAUCGAGGUGGGAAACGGAGGCGCGAGACUGGAGGAAGAGUUUUUAGGCUACGAUAUGAGUACUGACAGUCAUGACCGGACGAAAACAUCCUGCAAGGUACCCGCGAGAUCCGAUGAGGAGAAUACGUUCGACGGUAAGCGGAUUAAGAAGGAGCGCGGUGACAUUUGUGCGGAGAGUAGUGACGCCACCUCAGUCUCCUGCUCCGCAACCGUCAUCACCACAACUACUAGCAGCACCACCGUCGCCGCUUCUGCUGCUGCUGUCGAGAAGGGACAACCGCCGGCCGGCAGGUCGUUCGCGACGAACGGCUUCCACGGAGAUGGGGAUCUACUGCAAGACCUCGUCGCGAGUAAAUUCGCGACACUGGCUAAUCAUAGCGCUUCUUCCAAACAGGACAAGAUUCGCAUUAUGAUAGAGGAUGGCAUUAGCGAAGAAUCUAGAGCAUGUGUGGACGAGAUCUUCUCGCAAGUGGAACGACUUAAAUUAGAGGAGAAGUUAUUGUUGUACCUGAAACUUCCGUUACUACUGACAAAUCCAGGUGGGACCAUUGAUCCACUGAGGCAACCAUUGAAUCCAUUAGGAAAUCGUUAUGAAAUUCAUCAAACUAUUAUGUGGAUUAAAACACACUUAGAAGAAGAUCCAGAUGUAUCUUUACCGAAGCAAGAAGUCUAUGAUGAAUACAACAUCUAUUGCAUAAGAAAUUCUAUGAAACCAUUAUCGACAGCUGAUUUUGGAAAAGUCAUGAAACAGGUAUAUCCACGAGUACGUCCUCGCAGACUGGGCACACGGGGAAAUUCUCGCUAUUGCUACGCGGGUAUGCGUAAACGAAUUAAAUUGGAUCCUCCGACACUGCCAAAGAUAUCUGGCCCUCAAACUGGAGAGCAUUCAGAGGAAAACAUUACUGAGGAAAUGUUAGGCGCUGCAUCUACAUUGAUAAGAGAAUGGGCAGAGAGUGUAUUAGGCUUGAAAUUUCCAAAUUUGAGUGCCUUAGCGCGGCAUCUUGUUGAUAAUUUUCGUGUUGAUACUCGAUCUCUGGCUGCUGUAUGUAUUUUAUCCACUUCAGAAGACCGUGAUCCUUUAUCUGAUAAACAAGAAAUUUCGGAUUUACCAACAAUGCCUCUGAAUGUCAAACCUGCUAAAUUGCGAGAGGCUCAAUUACAGUUGCAACGUAAGCUUCAACAACGGGAGCAUAUAAAAGAUCAGAAACGUCGUCAUCUCGACACUAUCAUACAGAAUAAAGAAAAAGUCAUCGAAAAUAAAGGAAAUAUUAGUAAAGGAUACAAAAAAGUCAAAUCUAACCAAUCACCUCAAGGUACAAACACAGCAGCGACAACAGUGAGCGCACAAAAUUCACUGACAAAAUUAAAUUUGUCUACUGUAGUCUACAACCGGCAAAAAAGGGUAUCAAAAACCUGCAAUCAACAGCAGCACCAGCAGCAGCAACAGUCCUGCAAUGUUUCCGAAGAAUCUAACUGUGAUAAUCUAGUAGUAUCGCGUGAAGAUAGACAGAAUAAUAGCAAUCCUAGAAUAAUGAGUGUGCAACGCGAUAUCAAAAGUAAAAAUUCCAGGAAACGUGCCAAUAAUCCAAUUGUAACACAACAGGAGUCCAGCCCCGAGAAACAGACGAAACUUGCAGAAGAAAAUUCAAAGCAUUCCAACGUCUUGUUACCUAAGCUAGCGUCUAUCCAACGUGCCGGUAAGAUAUCAGUGAUACUAGCUAGCAAUUCAAAAUCUAUCAAAUGCAAAGCGGUCGAAGCCGCGGACAGUCAGCUUGCUAAAAACUGUGAUAUUGAUUCGUCGAGUUGUUCCGCCACCAGUGCAAUGGAAACAUCCUCAGGACUUCUCACGAAGGAUCAGAUCCGCCUCUUGAAAGAUGAAAAGGCUCGAGACAUCGAUACGGAUGCAUUGGACGAUUAUUUAAAUGGCGGAAACAAUUCGCAGGAGCAAGAGGAGGAAUUACUGCAGUACUUCCAACAGAGCAACUCGUCUAGCUCUGAUGUAGAAACCAGCGUCAUUGGUUCUGAUGCCGAACAGAUUUCUCGAUCCGAUAAGGUAUCACAAUUGCGAUUAAUAUUACAGGAGAACUUAAAGGCAUCCACUAUUACCGCUGAUCUAGCGCCUGCAACUGUCGUUCGGCAAAGCGUUGCCACGGAAAAACGGGAUUGCUCGCAGAAACACAACAAUCUCAUCCUCUCGACUCUGCUAAAUCAUAAUUCAAGCAAUACUCGUCGUCGUGUUAGUUUCGAAACGAAUGUCGUCGAACAUGCUCAGGAGGCAGCAACACUAAACGUAACCAAUACUGUACCACAGAGUCCAAAUACGCGACGCAGGAUAUUUAACUUCACCCCAAUCUCGCCCGGCCCGCAUUCUCCGAUUAAUGGUCGGGCAUCCAAAUCAAAUUCAGCGAAUGCCAGUCCAUUCGUAUCACCGCGUAAUACCCCAGUGCCAAGAUCACGCAGUAAUUUGCAAGCUGGUAGUUCUAGAACGCGCAACCAAAAGACUCUCUCCCGCUCCAUUUCUUGUAGUGUGCCGUAUACUAUCAAGACGACAGACACCUUUAUCGUACCAACAUCUACUGGAGCGGAACCCACGCGACAGAUGCUGACAAUUGCAACGACCAAUUCAUCGGAGGUCGCCCUAAAGGAAUCGCCGUGCGCCGCAUUUUUGGAUCUAACACCGCAGAAACAAUUACUAAUCAAUUAUCCGAGCCAAGAGAAUUUGCAAGAGAUCAAGAAUGUAUAUCAAAAAGGCCAGCCAGCCCCGCCUGAUCAGGAGAUCACAGAACUUCUUCAUGCUGGUAGACAUUUGAGUAGUGAACAAUUAUUCUACAGAUCACAAUCGGUACCAUUGCAUAGGAUGGUGAAUCCCGUACAAUCCGUAAUAUCUCCAAUUUCGACUCAACAUAGCCUAUCGACUGUGCAAAGUCAAAACUUUAAUCCGUCAACGAGCAGUUCUGUUGCGCCUACUCCAGUACCGAGCGAAUAUAACGAUUUCGGUCCCUCCAUCGGACAAGAAAGUACGUACUUAUUGGAUGACACAAACUUUAUGUCAGACGAGCAACAAUUUUUAAUGACAGACAAAGGAAUCACAUCCGAAAACAUUAAUAACAUUCUUACAAUUUUGGACGAAGAAGGCCAGUCGAAUUUACAGAUGUCCCCAGAACAGACUACAGAAGAGACAUUGAACAACGCGAUCAAUCUUGCUUUACCGAAUACGAAUCUAAAUUUAUCGGAAGAAGAUAUGUUAGAUCCAUCAAGUAUCCUCAGUGACGCUGGUGCAUUACAGAAAAUAAUUCAAUCACGUUCGUAUCCUAAUACGCCAUUGCCGGUACCAGUGUCAGUAUAUACGCCAUCAUAUAUCGAAGACAGUAAUGGUUCUAGGUCGUAUCCAUCAACGCCUUUGCAUACGGUACAAUCCCAAGAGGUGUAUCAGGAUCCAGGCGAGCCGAUACUUUCCAGUCCCAUUCUUAAUUCUCUCAGUUUACAGAACGACACAAUAAAUGUUGCCGUUGCUACUGUUACCGGCGCCACUGCCGGCACUGAUGUCGACACUGCCGCAACCACUUCUUCCAAUAAUCUGUGCAGAAAUGUUGCUGACUUUUUGGAGGCUAAUUUUCUUGGAGAAACGGACACAGAGACGGAUGAUCUAGAUCCGCUCGGUAAUUUCGACGGCCUGCAAGAUAUGGAUUCGUUGACACCACUGUUCAACGAAGUCACGGAGCCUAAUCGCUAAAACUAUUUUUUUCAUCUAUCGUAAUUUUGCAUUUGCACAGGGAGAAGUGUAAUAAACUAUAGACUGUUUAAGUCCGGUGGUUCUCAGUCGUAUUACUUUAUAGACCAUUUUAGAAUAAAUGAGAAAAGAUUAUCAA